AAUAUGACUGCCUUGCUGCAGCAGCACCUUCUCCUGGUGCUGCUCUUUUCUAAUGCCACCUUGCUGCUCGGCAUUGCGGCUGCAGCCCAGAGUGAUGAGACAACAUGUGCUUUUAGGGACCCAUAUCAAAAUGAUCAUGGAAUUAGCGAAAGUCGAAUUUCUCAAGAGAAUGGUACCGUUCUGUGUAUGAAAGGCAGCACCUGCUACGGUCUCUGGGAGAAAACACGAGAAGGAGACAUACAUCUUGUGAAACAAGGAUGUUGGUCUCAUAUAGGAGAUCCCCACGACUGUUACUCAGAAGAGUGCAUAGUAACCACCACCCCGUCUUUAGUUCAGAAUGGGACAUAUCGAUUCUGCUGCUGCAGCACCGACUUGUGCAACGUCAACUUCACAGAGAACUUUCCGCCGGAUCCUACUGAUGCGAUGCCUUUCAACUCAUCUCAUUCGUUUCACCGAGACGAAACCAUUGUCAUUGCUCUGGCAACAGUAUCUGUACUGGCUGUUUUGGUGGUUGCUCUUUUCUUUGGAUACAGGAUGCUUGCAGGGGACCGCAAGCAGGGUCUGCACAGUAUGAACAUGAUGGAAGCAGCUACAUCAGAACCCUCAUUAGACUUGGAUAAUCUGAAGAUGCUAGAGCUGAUUGGUCGAGGGCGAUAUGGAGCAGUGUACAAAGGCUCCUUAGAUGAGCGUCCUGUGGCUGUAAAAGUCUUUUCCUUCACAAAUCGUCAGAAUUUUAUCAAUGAGAGGAACAUCUACAGAAUCCCACUGAUGGAACACGACAACAUCGCCCGCUUCAUUGUAGGAGAUGAGAGAUUCACUACAGAAGGGCGGAUGGAAUAUUUAUUAGUAAUGGAAUACUAUCCCAGUGGUUCUCUAUGCAGGUAUUUGAGCCUCCAGGCCAGCGACUGGGUGAGCUCUUGUCGUUUGGCACACUCCAUCACGCGGGGCCUGGCCUACCUUCACACAGAGUUGCCUCGUGGAGACCAUUACAAGCCCGCCAUCUCCCACCGGGAUCUGAAUAGUCGCAACGUGCUGGUAAAGAACGACGGGACCUGCGUCAUCAGCGACUUUGGCCUCUCCAUGAAACUGACGGGGAAUCGGCUGGUGCGCCCUGGCGAGGAGGACAAUGCGGCAAUCAGCGAGGUUGGUACGAUCCGCUACAUGGCCCCUGAAGUCCUGGAAGGAGCAGUGAACUUGAGGGACUGCGAAUCGGCUCUGAAGCAAGUCGAUAUGUACGCACUAGGCCUGAUCUACUGGGAGAUUUUUAUGAGGUGCACUGAUCUGUUCCCAGGGGAGGCCGUGCCAGAUUUCCAGACAGCAUUCCAAGCAGAAGUAGGAAACCAUCCCACUUUUGAAGAUAUGCAAGUCCUUGUUUCAAGAGAAAAGCAACGACCAAAAUUUCCAGAGGCCUGGAAAGAGAACAGCUUGGCUGUGAGGUCGCUGAAAGAGACAAUCGAAGACUGCUGGGAUCAGGAUGCGGAAGCUCGGCUGACCGCCCAGUGCGCUGAGGAAAGGAUGGCUGAACUCAUGAUGAUUUGGGAGAGGAACAAAUCCGUCAGCCCGACCGUGAACCCUACGUCUACAGCUAUGCAGAAUGAGCGAAAUCUGUCACACCACAGACGUGUGCCAAAAAUCAGACCAUAUCAAGACUACUCUUCCUCGUCGUAUAUCGAGGACUCAGUUCAUCACACCGACAGCAUAGUGAAGAACAUUUCCUCCGAGCUUUCCGUGACCCCCACGCCGCUGACGCUGGGGGAGAAGAACAGGAACUCCAUUAACUACGAGAGGCAGCAAGCACAAACUCGUAUCCCAAGCCCCGAGACUAGCGUCACAAGCUUGUCUACCAACACGACCGCCACCAACACGACAGGCCUGACUCCCAGCACCGGCAUGACUGCCAUAUCCGAGUUGCCUUACUCAGGCGGAACUAACCUCGGUGCUGCCAACAGUGUGCAACCGCUUGGACCCACUCCUGUUUGUCUGCAGUUGACAGAGGAAGACUUGGAGACCAGCAAGCUGGAUCCCAAGGAAGUGGACAAGAACUUAAAGGAAAGCUCUGAUGAGAAUCUGAUGGAGCAUUCCCUUAAGCAGUUCAGUGGUCCCGAUCCGCUCAGCAGCACUAGUUCCAGCUUGCUGUACCCGCUGAUAAAACUGGCAGUGGAAGCCACCGGGCAGCAAGAUUUCGCACAAGCUGGGAACGGUCAAGCCUGCCUGAUUCCCGAUGUCCGGCCUGCUCAGGUCUACCCUCUCCCCAAGCAGCAGAACCUCCCAAAGAGGCCUACUAGCCUACCCUUAAACACCAAAAACUCAACAAAGGAGCCUCGGCUGAAGUUUGGAGGGAAGCACAAAUCAAACUUGAAGCAAGUAGAAACAGGAGUGGCCAAGAUGAACACCAUCAACGCCGCAGAACCUCAGGUGGUAACGGUCACCACCAAUGAAGUAGCCGGGAGGAGCCAUACGAUGAACUCUCAUGCUGUACCGACCCAGUAUGUCAACGGUGCAGUGCCCUCAGGCCAAGCACCUGGCUCAGUGGUGCACAGGGCCCAGGAGAUGCUGCAGAACCAGUUCGGUGGAGAGGACGGCCGCUUGAAUAUCAACUCGAGCCCCGACGAGCACGAGCCCUUGCUGCGAAGAGAGCAGCAGGCAAGUCGCGACGAGGGCAUGUUGGAUCGUCUCGUCGAUAGGAGGGAGCGAUCCCAGGAUAAUGGUCGCCCCAACGCCAACAACAACAACAGCAACCCGUGUCCUGUGCAAGGCGCGACUGAACUCGGCAACCAGAGUGUGGCGCCGAGUUCUGGACAGGCCCACACGAGAAGGGCACAGAGGCCGAACUCGCUGGAUCUUUCGGCCACAAAUAUUUUGGACGGCUUUAGUAUGCAGUCGAGCGAGUCCUCCCUAGACGGCAAACCUGGCUCAGGAGAAAAGAUCAAGAAACGCGUGAAAACGCCGUAUUCCCUGAAGCGGUGGCGCCCGUCGACGUGGGUCAUCUCCACGGAACCCCUGGACUGUGAGGUCAACAACAACGGCCGCGAUAGGGUGGUCAGUUCAAAGUCCAGCACAGCUGUUUAUCUCGUAGAAGGAGGUACAGCCACCACCAUGGUGUCUAAAGAUGCAGGAGUGAACUGUCUGUGAAUUGUUCGAAAGCUGAC